AAAGAUAUUGGAUAUUGGAUAUAUUGGACAACGUCGAUAUGAACAUUCAAAACAUGUAUUAGUUAUCGUGACUCUCAAAUCUUCUGACGUUUUAUAUUAGCUGUUUUUAAUAUGAAUACCGAACAGGGUGAUCCACCAUAUCCAAAGUCUCCAGAGAAUGAAGGUUUUCCGAAACCGUCACUAACUCAUACUCCGGAACCGGUAGUUGUAGAACAGCCUUGUCCAAAAGUCAGCGAUGUAACGUUUAUUCCCGGACCAGACCCAGCAAAGAUUAGAUGUCCAUUUUGCGGUGAAGAAAUUACAACUCGUACAGUUUACAAACCAGGGUUGCUAACAUGGGUGGGAUGUUUCGGGAUUUUUUUUGUUGGUGGAAUAUUGGGUUGCUGUCUUAUACCAUUCUGCUGUGAUUCCUGUAAAGACGCUGAUCAUUACUGUCCAGUAUGCAACCAUUACUUAGGUUUAUACCGUCGGUGCUAAAAUCGACAAAAUAAAAUCUAUCUAAUCGGUCAGUCCUUAUUGACAUUACUUUUUAAUAAACCGCUAACUUGAUCAUUCAUAAAAAAUUUUAAUACAUCAUUUUUUAUGAUGAAGAUUCUGUUUGAUUUUCUAGCAAAAAAAAUUGAAGAAGAAUUGACAAUUGAAUUUAAAUCAUGGUUAUUUAAAUUACUAUUAUAUUUUCAUACUUUUAUAAAGCCGAAAUACAUUAAUAAAUAAGACAAAUCAAGUGAAAUGUGGGUCACUCUUCAAAUUGCUUUUAUUUUACAAAAAAAAUGCUACGCCUUUUUUAAAUCCGUUCGUAUUUUGGGUUAUUGUAGAUGCUUUUGUAAUUUAACAAGAGAUUUGCCGAAACAAACCAGGGAAUAUCCCGAAAUAAAUCUGACGA